AUGUCUUCAUCAAACGGCGAACAACAACCCGUGAAAUUGUCACUGCCAUUGAAAUAUCAACAAGAGAUAUUCCAAGAGCUUCGACAAAAAGAUGAGCUUGUGGUUCUUGCUCGCGGCCUUGGCCUCUUGAGACUUGUCACGAACCUCCUCCAUUCAUAUGAUGCAGCAGGAAAUAACCUAAUAAUACUGGUUGGUGCAGAUGAUCGAGAGAAUGGAUGGAUUGGAGAAGCACUGGCAGAGCACGCUGCUAUCAGCAUGGCUCCUAGAGCGCGAGGUCUUUCUGUCGUCAAUACGGAUCUCAUGAGCGUCGGCACAAGAGAAAAGAUGUAUGCACAAGGAGGAAUAUUUAGCAUUACAUCUAGAAUUCUUGUUGUCGAUCUCUUGACCAGUCUAUUAAACACAGAGACAAUCACUGGCGUGGUAGUGCUACAUGCAGAUAAGGUUACAAAAAAUAAGGCUGGAUUUCUGAAAGCCUUUUCGGACAAUCCCGAACCAUUUGCGACUGGGUUCUCGCCAUUGUCCACUAUGAUGCGAAAUCUAUUCCUACGCAACGUCUCAAUAUGGCCAAGAUUCCAUAUAAAUGUUGCUCAAGCUUUGGAAGGCAAGAAAAAAGCCGAGGUCAUUGAACUUGAGGUUUCGAUGUCUGACUCCAUGCGAGAUAUCCAAAAUGCCAUAAUGGAAUGUGUAGAGGUUAGUAUUGGCGAAUUGAAGAAAUCGAACUCUGGGUUAGAGAUGGACGACUGGAACGUUGAUAGUGCUCUACAUAAGCAAUUUGAUAUGGUCAUUCGCAGGCAGCUUGAUCCAGUAUGGCACCGAGUCAGCUGGAAGACGAAACAGAUUGUCAACGACUUGACUGUCCUAAGAGGGAUGCUACAUUCUCUACUAACAUAUGAUGCGGUCUCAUUCAAUCGCCAUUUAGAUAUGAUUCUUGCUGCGCAUCAGCCUCCUGCUGGAUCUACAAGGCAAAACCAGUCUCCUUGGCUAUUCCUUGAUGCAGCACAUACCGUAUUUGAUACAGCGAAAAGAAGGGUAUAUACAGGCAAGGCUACACGAACGGAUGAUGUGGAUUCUUUGAAACCCGUAUUAGAAGAACAGCCAAAAUGGUCAGUGCUUGCUGAAGUGCUUGACGAAAUUGAUAGAGAUCUCUACUUCAAUCCCGUACCAUUGGAUGACUCAAAUGGCACAAUCUUGAUAAUGUGUACAGAUUCGGCUCAAUGUUGGCAGUUGCGAGAGUACCUUCAAAGCAUGCACGCUCAUGCAGAAACAACGGACAAUGAUGAGGAUGAAGAUCAAGAGCCAUCGGCAGAAAUCAUGAUGAGGCGAAAAUUGCGCAGCUACUUAGAGUGGAAGAAGAAGUUCGCGAAAAUUAGCGCGGCUCUUUUCAAUGAGAAUCAAAACGCACUAAAUGGUAUUAGCAACACCAAUAGUGUUACGAACAGCUCCCGAGGUAAAGCUCCAGCAAACAAAAGGAGGAGAGUGAGAGGGGGCGCCUCGAGCUCGGGAUCCACACGUGCCACCAAUGGCAGUCUACAAGCUGCGGAAGAUAAACCCCUCGAGGUUGCUGAAUUAAUGUCGGAGAUAAAGCCCACAGAAGUGGAGGAAUUGCAGAAAGAAGAAGUCAUUGCCGAUCCUUUGGAUGACAUGGAAGAUUACUAUCAGCUUUAUGAGAUGAAGGAUCUUGUGGUAGUUCACGCGUAUGACGGGGAUAUGGAUGAGCAUAUUCUCGAGGAAGUAAAGCCGCGGUAUAUCAUCAUGUAUGAACCCGACACAUCUUUUGUUCGUAGAGUAGAGGUUUAUCGCUCUUCACAUAAUGAUCGGAACGUCCGAGUAUACUUCCUUUAUUAUGGCGGGUCGGUAGAGGAACAACGCUACCUGUCAUCGACUCGCCGAGAAAAAGACGCCUUUACUAAACUUAUAAAGGAAAAGGCUAACAUGUCUGUUGUACUGACUCUUGACGCACAUGGCAUCGAAGAUCCGCAAGAAGUUUUCCUCCGUACCAUAAAUACACGCAUUGCUGGCGGAGGACGCUUAGCGGCUACAGCCCAGCCCCCACGGGUAGUAGUUGAUGUUCGGGAAUUUCGCUCCUCACUUCCAUCCUUACUUCACGGUCGAAGCAUGGUCGUAGUGCCCUGUAUGCUUACCGUCGGAGACUAUGUUCUUUCUCCAAACAUAUGUGUGGAGCGUAAAUCAAUCAAAGAUUUGAUCUCGUCAUUCAAAGAUGGCCGUCUAUACAAUCAAGCCGAAACUAUGCUCGAACACUACAAGUCACCAAUGUUACUCAUUGAGUUCGACCAAGGCAAAUCUUUCACCCUUGAACCGUUUGCUGAUCUCUCAGGCUCUCUAUCAUCCGUAUCAGCCGCAAAUGCAUCAUCCGAUCUUCAAUCCAAACUCGUGCUCCUCACUCUCGCAUUCCCCAGACUCCGCAUUAUCUGGAGUUCUAGUCCAUAUCAAACUGCCGAGAUAUUCGAAAGUCUCAAAACACAAGAACCCGAACCAGAUCCUAUACAAGCUGUGAAGAUUGGACUUGAAGGUGGUGCAAGUGCGGAGGAUCAAGUAUUUAAUCGGGAACCUCAGGAUAUGUUAAGAGUGGUACCUGGAGUUACGGGGAAGAAUCUGGGUAAUCUAGUAAUGGAGUUGGGGAGUAUUAAGGAGGUGGCUAAUGCCGAUUUGGAGGAAUUCGAGCCGGUGGUUGGGAAGGAGGCUGGAAGACAAAUCCAUCGAUUCUUCAAUAAAAGUGUACUCGAAUGA